CACUUCGGCAGCAGUAACGACUCUUCACGCUCUGGGGGCGUUUUCUGUCAGCUGCGCCACGAGAGGGAGGCAGAGUCCGAAAGUCACCGGCGAGGCGAGGCCUAUGGAGAUGCGAAGGAAGGAGUGAAGGGGCCGUAAGAGCUCUUGGGCCGUGGCCAUUUCGUCCGGAGGGGCUGUGCUGCGUCUCUCGGAGACUCGCCGCAACUGCGGGGCAAAGAUCGGGGCGCGGCUGAGGUGGGGCCGAGCCUCCGCCCUCCCUGUAACGCACAGCAACCCUUCCGGGGAAAGGGCAGGGCUGUGGCCGGAACGGAGCGCCGCGCCCGGAGGGGAGGAAAUGACAGUAACUUGUCACACUGACCAAGUAACCUUGUUUCCCUUUUCUUUUUAAUCUCAUAUGUCAAGUUGUUCUGCUGACUUUACCAAACUAGCUGUCAGCUUUAAAACACAGUGUGCACACACUUAAGUAAGUUGAAGAUAAUACUGAAGAUAUACAGACUUAGGGAAGGCUCUAAACCAUGGAUAGCCUCUAUGAAGCAAAUACCACUUUUGCACUCGACCUCUUAAGAAACCUGUGUGAGAACAAGAGCAGGCAGAACGUUUUCUUUUCUCCUUUUAGUAUUUCUUCUGCUUUGUCUAUGAUUUUGCUGGGCUGCAGAGGUAACACUGAAGCACAAAUAGCAAAGGUGCUUUCUCUGGACAAAGCUGAGGAUGCUCACAAUAAGUAUCAGUCACUUCUUGCCAUAAUUAACAAUCCCAACACCAAAUACAUUCUGAGAACUGCUAACCGACUUUAUGGAGAAAAGACAUUUGAGUUUCUCUCAUCAUUUAUAGAGUCGAGUCAGAAACUCUACCAUGCUGGACUAGAGCAGACUGACUUUGUGAAUGCCUGGGAGGAGUCUGCAAAACAGAUAAAUGCCUGGGUGGAGGAAAAGACUGAAGGUAAAAUCCAGAACCUGUUGGCAAAGGGGAUGCUGGAUUCGCAGACCAGGCUUGUGUUGGUGAAUGCCAUCUAUUUCAAAGGCAGAUGGGAAAAGGAGUUCAGCAAAGAGAAAACAGUAGAAAUGCCAUUCCACAUCAGCGAGAAUGAGACCAAACCUGUGCAGAUGAUGAGGAAGAAGGACAAAUUUAACAUGACCUAUAUUGGUGACUUCGAAACCAAAAUCCUUGAGCUCCCUUAUGUUGGUAAUGAACUCAGCAUGAUCAUCCUGCUCCCCAAUGCAAUUCAGGGUGGAUUCACUGGCUUAGAACGUCUGGAAAGAGAACUUACAUAUGAGAAGCUGAUAGAUUGGAUCAAUCCUGAAAUGAUGGACUGUACGGAGGUGAGGGUGUCUUUACCCAAAUUUAAGCUGGAAGAAGAUUAUGAGCUGAAGCCACUUCUGACUAGCAUGGGAAUGCCAGAUGCAUUUGACUUGGGCAAGGCAGACUUCUCAGGAAUGUCAGCUGGCAAUGAGCUGGUGCUUUCCAAAGUGAUUCACAAGUCCUUUGUGGAAGUCAACGAAGAAGGCACUGAAGCGGCAGCUGCCACAGCAGGACUGAUGAUGAAGCGCUGUGCCAUGAUCACUCCAGACUUCAAUGCUGAUCAUCCCUUCCUCUUCGUCAUCCGGCACAACAAAACUUCAAGCAUUCUGUUCUGUGGCAGAUUUUGCUCUCCCUGAAAGGGCAGAGGAGCCACCAUUACACAGUCACUUCCUUCUUCUUUAAAAUAAGGCUAUCCUUUUGCACUGUCUCUUCCAGCUCUGCCUGAAUCCACUUCUGUGCUCUUCAGUUGAGGCUUGUAUAAGAGUAACCCAGCUACUUCCACAUACACAGCAACUGCCUCUUAGAAGAAUUCGUGCCUUGGGUGCAGAGUUCUCCAGCUCCCUGUUGACAUGAGACACUCCCACCUGCUCAGAGAAGGCUUCAUCUCUUAUUACAGUUCCCCUUGCAGGUUCCCUUUUUGUGGCCACCAUUUAGCACAGAAAGAAUUCAAUUUUGUUUCCAAGGAGGCUGAAGCACCUCUUUGGCUCCCCUCAGCCUUAUUCCCUUCCCAUGCCCUUUUCUUCCACACUCAUACAUUUAAUGACUAAAUGUAUUCCCCAGAGAUGGAAGCAGUCUCUAGCAGCCUGUUCCAAGUAUUGCUAAGUGGCCUGAGUCAGCAGGGGCUUUAUUGUUAAUAACUGGACAAGCACUUAAGCAAGAACAGGAAUAAAAUGUGUCUUUGCAUUAGAUGUCCUUACAGGGUAUUCAUGGAGUGAGAAGCAUGGUUUUAUCUCCAGGAGGCACUAAGGGUUAUUAGCUGUCACCCAGCUCUAGCCCUUUAACAAAGAAUGUAAUGGAAAAGCAUAUAGUGCCUAUGCAAUAUUUGAAUGACAAAGCCUUAAUGGUUUAAUCUUCUUAUAUUUUCCUGUUCUGAACACUUCAACUGAAUAAUACCAAAGAUGGCUGAAAUGUAUUUCCUACUAGAGUGACUUAUUUUGCUCUUCCUGAAAUAAACUCGAAAAGCUGGAA